AUGUCUCAAACACAGGAAAAGGCGCAAGAGAAGCUCAUCGAGUCGACUUCGUCGGUGCCACAGAGCACGGCGGCACAGCAGAGCGACAAUGUUGCGCAUGCGCUGGCGGGCGCUGGUGGAGGACUGCUGUCCAUGGCCUUGACCUACCCGCUCAUCACCCUCUCUACCCGCGCCCAGGUCGAAUCGAAGCGCGCCCAGUCGUCGACGCUCAAUGCCGCGCGCCGCAUCAUCAAGCGCGAGGGCGUCGCGGGCCUCUACGCAGGCCUUGACUCGGCCCUCUUCGGCAUCAGCGUCACAAACUUUGUCUACUACUACUGGUACGAAUGGACCCGCUCCUUCUUCGAAAAGGCCGCGCUCAAAGCCGGCCGCGCUUCCUCGAAGCUCACAACCGUCGAGUCCAUGAUGGCGGGCGCCCUCGCUGGUAGCGCCACCGUCCUCAUGACCAACCCCAUCUGGGUGGUAAACACGCGCAUGACGACGCGCAAGUCGGAGGCCUCGGACGAGUCGCUCCCAGGCGCUCCUACAACCCCGCAGAAAGCCCCGUCGACGCUCGGCACCCUCUUCGCCCUUGUGCGCGAAGAGGGCUUUGCGCGUUUGUUCGCCGGUGUCAUGCCUGCCCUGGUCUUGGUCAUCAACCCCAUUCUCCAAUAUACCGUCUUCGAGCAGCUCAAGCAGAUGCUCGAGAAGAGGAGGCGUGUCACACCAAAGGACGCUUUCUACCUGGGUGCCCUGGGCAAGUUGUUGGCCACGAGCAUUACCUACCCGUACAUCACUGUCAAGAGUCGCAUGCACGUUGCCGGCAGGGAUGGACCCAAGGAGGAUAUGAUGACCACCUUCAGGCGCAUCAUCCGGGAGGAGGGGUACACUGGCUUGUAUGGAGGCAUCGGACCCAAGGUUACCCAGAGUGUUAUUACUGCAGCCUUCCUCUUCGCUUUCAAGGAUGCACUGUACGCCUACACUGUCCAGGCGCGCAAGAAGCUUGCCAUGCGCCGUGCCUAG